AUGAGCACAGAGAAUUCAAAACUACAUGGAGAGGCGCUGGGUCAUGAUGACCGGUGGAGAGAGCUCUUUCCUUUGCCCCUGUGCCCAGAGGUUCCGAGGAAGGCCGGACUGUCAGUGAGUGCGCGUCGUCGUCGAGCGACUGUUCGAUCUAGAGUGGAAUCUGUUAAUUCAAUCAUCAAGACCUUGAAUGAGAUGUACUCUCCUAGCCUUGAUGGUGAUUUUUCUUCAAGUUUCGUGAGGACUAGAGCACAAGAGGCAUGUCAACACGAGCUUUUUAGGGCGGUGGCCAACACAAAACCACCUUCAAAAGUUGCAACUACGGUGCGUCCCUAUGACAGAGGCCUGCUUUCGAUUCCGUCGUGUGGCAACCAAGCUGUUGUCUUAGACGACGUGUUGGAUGAUGUUGGCUGUGAGACAAUCAGGGACCCUCACCGCUGUAUGUUGUUGGACGAAGAGGAGAUUGGGGUGAUGAUGGAACAGAAUAAGCCUGUUGACAUUUACAUGGAUCCAUUGUUGAAGAACAACAUGGGCAUGUAUUGUAAUUUUGUGCAUGAUCUUUUUGAAGCCGGCAUGUUGGAUUUCACAGUUAGGCCUCGUGGACUUGUGACCCCCUUUUUUGUGGCAAAGAAGUCUGGAAAGCUGCGAUUGAUCUUGGAUUGCAGGGAGACGAACAGACUCUUCAGAAGGCCGCCGGUCUUAGCUGCAGGGACGGGAGCGUCGUGGUCACAGAUAAGAAUUCCAGAUGGUGAACAACUAUACGUUGCACAAUCAGAUAUUAAAGAUUAUUUCUACAGCUUGCAGUUGCCUUCUGAGCUUCGCACUCUGUUUUGUUUACCGCCCAUCCCUGGUGCCCUACUUCGACAUUGGAAGGUAAAUGCCGAACAUUGUGGCUCCCUGGACACGGACGACUGGGUACACCCUAUGUUGCGAGUGGUGCCCAUGGGAUGGUCGUGGGCAAUGUGGCUUUCACAGAGGGUGCAUCAGCAUCAGUCGCAGUUGGGGGCAGGGGUCUCGCCUGAUAGAGUUUUGGUGGAUGGAAAACCGGCGCCACGGCUCGAAAAUGGCGAGGUACUUCUGCUGCCUUAUGCGGACAACCUGAAUGUCUGUGGCAUCAACGCAGAGGCUGUUCAGAGGGCGAAAGACGGGGCAGUUGCAAGGCUGAGACAGGUUGGACUGACGGUGCAUGAGGAGAUGGACGCUAACAACAUUUCCCAAUCUUUGGGGUACAUGAUCGAUGGAUCUGUCGGCCAGGUGACCCCUAUUCCAGAUCGACUACAUCGAGUACAGUUGGCCUUCAAAUGGCUGUCUCGGAGGCCCCGAGUUACGGGAAAAGCAGUGCAGCGAUUGUUGGGCCAUGCAGUGCAUUUCAUGAUGUUGAAGAGGGAGUUGUUGAGCAUUCCAAGACAUUUGUACGCAUUUGUUCAACAAGCAAAUGGGCGAUGCAGGCUGUGGUGCAGCGCGGCAGUUGAAGCUAGAUGGAUUGGCGAACUUUUGCCACUCUGUGCAACGGACCUGAGAAAACAGACAAGUGCAUUGCUUUCAGCUUCGGACGCUUCGUUGUCGGGAAUUGCAGUGUGCACUAGAACGCUAGAUGAGCAAACAGUUAGGGCAAUUGGUAGUUACAGGGAACGAUGGCGCUUCAAGGGCCGUAAUCCGGCAAAUCGACCACGACAGACUGCUCUGGAGGGACUAGACCCGUUUGUCGAUGUUGCUAGUGUCAAACCUGUUGGACCUGUCGUUGAGGACCCUUUUGAACUGGACAACCAAUUCCCAGAUGUUCCAAAGGCCCUUUUGGACAAUACUGAUUGGUCACUUCGUUUCUCCCAACGCAUGGUGUACAGUGAACAUAUCACAUUGUUGGAGGGAAGAGGCAUUGUUGCUUCCCUACGACACAAAUUCCGGAGCACGGGGCAAUUUCACCAGCAUCAUGUGCACUUGUCAGACAACCUUGGCAUGGUUUUGGCUGUUGACAAGGGCGCUGGGAACAUCUCCGGACAGGGAAAACUCCUCCCAGUGGCAGUGCCCUGCAAAAGCAAGCAAAAGAGGAAGCCAGUACAAGUUGGUUUGAGCAGCAGACAAGCAUUGCGCAGUCAGUUGCAGGGGAACAACAAAGAAGAGAGAGCAGAAAAGAGACAGAUCUACAAGCAAGCCGUGAGCAAAAUUCCUCGUUUUCAGGGUCAGACCUUUCUGGAGAUGAACGCCAUUUCAGAGGAGGUGGCCUCCGAUUACAGAAUUCGGAUGAGCAGGUUCAGGGCAUAUGCCAAGCUGGAACAGAUCUCUCUCCGAGGUCAAAAGAACUUGGACAGUGCCUUGAGCGCCUAUCUCAACGAGAUGUUCGAGGACGGAGAAGACAUUGGGGAGGCUACAAAGACCCUGGCUGCAGUGGUAGACAGCGUCCGCGAAUGCACCCAGAAGGGCAGCCUCCCGCGCUGCCGGAGGAGCUGGCAAGGAUGGAACAGACUGGACCCAGGGGCCACAAGGCCGCCAAUACCCUGGGAGUUGGUCGCAGCCAUUGUGAAUUACAUGCUGGCAAGACAACAGAUCAACGAAGGUCUUCUGGUGCUGCUGAUGUUCGAUGCCUAUCUCCGACCAGGGGAGGCAAUCAGCCUUCAUCGACAAGAUUUGGUGGAGCCUACAGUGCAGCAUCCAGUGUUUUGCCUCAACCUGAAUCCUUCCGAAAGGGGCGCAAGCUCAAAGAUGGGGCUGUCGGACGAGACCAUAGUCCUGGACGGAAAGGAGACACCAUGGAUGGGGCUGCUGCUCAGGAGACACCUGGAGACCCACAAGUCACAAAAGUUAUUUCCAAUAGAGUAUCGGCAACUAAAAGACGCCUGGCAGAAGGCUCUGGUUGGUGUGCAGCUGUCGAACAAGCAUUGUGUGUUGUAUCAGUUGAGGCACUCGGGACCAUCCCACGACCGGAUGACAAAGGCAAGGAGCCUUGUGGAGAUCAAGAAGCGUGGCAGGUGGUUGAGCGACUCUUCCGUUCGGCGCUACGAGGCGGCUGCACGCCUCAACCAGGAGUUUCAGAAGUUGCCAAGAGCAGUACAGACAAAGGCUUUAGCCGCGCCACAACUUCUGCAGCAGUGGGUCCAAAAGUGUGAUGCUGCUUUCGAUUUGAGAAACUUCAUCGAGGAGCAGUUCGGCUUCCUUGCUCUCAUCCUCUCCGAAGCGCGCGCCUCGGCCAGCAACGCCUGGUGGAGCGGCGGAAGCCGCGCGCGGGGCAGCCGCUGGGGCAAGGGCAGCGUCUCUGGACUCGCCUGGAGCACGGUGAAGAAGGUGGCCAAGGAGCGCGGAGUGAAUCAGAAGCUGCUGAGUUUGAAGGUGAACGUGCCGGAAGCCCGACCUGAAUGGCCCACCUUUCGCACCGCUUGGCUCUUCGAACUGCGCCUGCCGCGGCUCCCAGAGAAGGCGGCGCUCUUCUUCGUGGAGCGCGCGGCGCCCGGCCGCCAGGAGCCGCGGACGCAAACGCCCUUCGGGUCGGCUAUGGUGCCUGUAGAGCUUCGACCAUUGGAGGACCGGCCAGACUUGGUGCCUUUGCUGCGCAUGUGGACCGCCUGUUUUCUGGCGCCUCAGGUGCCCUUCCUGCAUCAGCUGCUGGGAGCCAAGAGCGCCAGCCACCGAGUCUUCUCCGACUCGGAGGCCCCCCCGCGGUGCGGCUCUGGGCGGAGCGGAGCUGGGCCUUUUGGGAGCGGGUCUUUUGGGGUGGAGAAGCGGCUCGAAGUGGCGGUGUUGGGUGUCCAGUUGCAAGACCUAGUUGUCCAUGGUUUCUUUGAUGUCCCCACCAUGAAAAAGCUUUAUGGUGGCACUGAAGUGGGCACUGCAGAGAACUUGGCAAUCCACCAUGCACUGCUUUUUGAAUAUGAGAGCAAUCUCUUUGACAGGCUGUUCUACUUGACCAAUGAGCUAGACAUCCUCCAGCACAAACAAGGCACCAACAGAGAUGACGCGGCGACCGCGGACGCCGCCGCGGAUGCGACCGCGGACGCUGCCGCGGACGCGACGGCGGACGAGUCAGCGGAGUCGGCGGAGUCAGCGGAGUCGGAUGGGAUGAGCCACUCGGCAGCACCUGGCACAUGA